GCGGCUUCGACAACAGAGUAAGAAAUAAUAACACUGUCAGCAAUAGUAAUAACAAAUAGCGGGCUCACCUAUGGCUUCAUCAACGGCGCAGAUGGAGAUGGAGGCGGCAUCUGUGCAAGAUGCCAUCGCUGCCGCCAUGCUUGGAGAGGAGGGAGCUGCGCUGGAGAUUGUGUGGAUGCACAAGCAACAGAUGGAGGAGAUUCAUACUGCGCUUAUUCAACAUAGGCCCAAUCUACCAGCGGAUCUUCUCGAGGAGGGUGAGGAGUUGGUUAGUGGUUGGGACGCGGAGCUCCAUGCAGAUMUUUCGUCUCAACGGYCGGGCGCGAUUGAGAAGGCGCAGGUGAUGGUGGAGUUGGGUGGUUGUGCUGAAGUGCUUAAGAAAGUGAGGAGAAUCUUUGAUGAACUCAGGGAGGAGCUGUAUGGGAGUUUGAGGUGUGAUGAUGUGAAAUGGUGCUGCUGCGAGGUGCCUGAGGAGGGGCAGCGGCUGCGCACUAUGUCACAGGAUUGUUCGUAUGUAGCGGAGGGUGUACUUUACCGUGGGAGGCUUGAGGAGGGGCAGGGCUCUUACGUCGAACUGGAGGAGCGUGACAACGAUGCGAGUAUGAUCGGCAGUCAUCUCAACACCAACUUCAGCACAGAGAGCAACGACAUCGCCGGCGAUGAUAAUCAUAAUAUCAAUGGGCAUAACAAUGACGACGACAAUAAUGGUGACAAUUACUUCGAAGUGAGCAAUAUUGUUGCCGAUGACAAUAACAACAACAUCAAUAUCAGCAAGAACAGCGACAACAACGGUAGUCAUAACACUGGCGACCACAACAACGCUGGUGACGAUCUCUUUGAAGCUGGUGAUGCCGUUUUCCCCGAGGUUGUUGUCGAUAACGGUAAUGGCAUCAGCGAUGUCAACAACAGCAAUUUCGAUGACAAUAAAAAUGAUAGUAUAGCUGCCGUCAACAUGAUUGGAAACACCAUCGACUGCUGCGAUUAUCGAUGCACUGCUUGUAACGACACGGAUAAAACAGCUGGCGAAUGCAUAUCUGACCAAGGCAAUGAUAACGGGCAGGCUCUCUCCUGAUUACCCCUCCUGUUCAUCGAUCAAGGUGCUAUUGGUUUGCUUUCGCCUUUGUCCGCCUGAUGACGUGCUCAGAGCAGAUAAAGAUUGAUGAAUGAU